AUGAAAGGUUCAUUGCUUUUGAUUUCAAGUGUCAUCUUGCUAACAGAUGUUCUCAGUGGCUGUCCUCCAAAAUGUCUGUGUAAUCGCUUUUUAAAGACAGUGGACUGCAGGAAUCAAGGGCUUGUUGAAGUUCCUUCACACUUACCUGCUGAAACUCAAAUAUUGCUGUUGUCAAAUAAUCGCAUUCAGAAAAUCAGUCAAAGUGCUUUUGUUGACACUCUGGCCCUCAAAAUCCUGGAUUUAUCUAAUAACUCUAUCACGGGUCUGUUGCCUGGCACAUUCAAAGAACUGCAACAUCUACAGAUACUAAACCUAACGAAGAACUUCAUUGAAUAUGUAGACAACAAAACUUUUAGUUCGCUUUCACGCCUAAAAGAGCUGGAUUUAUCCUCCAACAAUAUAUUAAGUAUGCCCGGAACUCUGGGAAAAAAUACAGGGAACAUAACUUUAUUGUCUAUGAAACAUAAUAAACUUCAGAAAGUAGACAGACUUCUGUUGGAAUCGCUCCCAAACCUGAAAGUUGUUCUGUUUAAGGGUAACUUCUGGCAAUGCAAUUGUCAAGUCUUUGGCCUUAAACUGUGGCUGGAAAGUUUUUUAUAUAGAGGAGGAAUUAGUGACAGUAUCAUCUGCUCAGCGCCUGAUCAUCGGAAGGGAAAAGACCUCCUGAGAAUUCCUUAUGAACUGUAUGGAAUCUGCCCUCCUACAGCUUCCGAUGUCCACCAGGCCAAUGCUCUUCACUAUACUUCUGAGCACAAAAGUUCUCCAAAGCUCGCCCAUCACAAUGAACACGGGGGAGACAGCAGCCGGUCACACUGUGAACCGAAACCAAAGCCACGGCCCGUUAGCUUGCGUCAUGCAAUUGCCACUGUAGUAAUAACUGGAGUGGUCUGUGGGAUUGUAUGUCUCAUGAUGUUGGCUGCCGCUGUGUAUGGCUGUGCUUAUGCUGCAAUCACCGCAAAGUACCACCGUGAAAAGAACUCCUCUGGCAAGGAGAAAAGGAGUCUUGAGGAAAAAGAGUCGUUUGAGAGGUCAUUGGCUUGA